AUGCGCCUCACCCUCCUCCCCCUCGCCGCGCUCCCCCUCCUCCCGCUCAUCGCGGCCGCGCCCGCGGCCGAUGCCUCGCCGUCAGUCGACAACGGUAUCCUGCCCGACAUCCAAGCGCCCGACUACAACUUCAGCACGACGGGAUCGUACUCCAUCCCCGGCGCGGCAAUCACCCACACCCUCGCCGUGUUCGACAACGCGAGCUUGCCGCUCUCGACCCAGGUGAUAUCGGACACGGGUUCCCUCACGGGCAAGGUGUUUGGUGUCUGUGCACCUCAGUCACGACAUUACACCAACAACAUGCGUACCUUUGCCAAGCUCGUCGUGAUCGCCCUCGCUGCCCUUGCGCUUCUCGCCUCCGCCGCUCCGUGCGAGGGGAUCGCCGAACUCGUCGUCCGCCAGGAUGGCGGCAGUGUCGACCCCGCUGCGACUGACGCUGCGCCUGCGGACCCCGCCCCCGCCCCCGCCGCCGAUGCCUCGUCGGCCGACGCCGCGACCCUCGACAGCAGAGGCGGCGGUGUCGACUCUGGCGUCGUCCCCGACGUCGAGGCGCCCGACUUCCUCACCUCCACCGUCGGCCUCAACCUCCCGCCCGGCCAGGUCGUCACCUCGCCCAUUACCCAGCUGCCCGUCCUUCCCGUCGCAACCGUCAUGGCCAACGCUACCACGUCGUCGUCGAGCACCCCGGCGCCGACCUCCACCGCGGCGCCUACCACCACCAGCGCUGCGGCCGUGUCGCCUGCGCCCCCGCCGCUCCUCGCCGACCCGUCUGGCAUCCCGAAGAAGAGCGGCGCGCGUGCCCUCUCGGCCGGCGUCGCGGUCGUCGUUGUGGCUGUGGCUGGGGCUGUGUGGGCGUGA